ACAGACAUGAAUUAUUUAUGAAGAAAAGAUCGUAGAACAAAAGUUUUUUGAUAAAUUUUCUCGUAAUUUUGGAUUCAUUGUAAAAAUGUAGCUUUAUUUUCGCUGAUUAUCUUUAAUCAAAUUAAUCUGUGUCUAAGAUAAUGAUAAGAAUAACAUUAACAAAACUAAAGAGUGUGUGCUCGCCACAUAUUUUGUGGAACGAACCAUGGAUUAAUCCUAGUAAAGUCGAAAAAUUGUCUGCGAGCGUGCUAAGCAAACGGGAGAGUACAGUAUCUGGUAAUGAUGAAGGGGAAUGUGAGAAAUGCAAGCGUAUCAUUGAACUCAUAUUUGCACCGAAUAAAUCAGAUAUAGACAAAGCUACAAUAGAAGCCAAUGCGUUAAAUCAUGGACUAAAACAAGAACAACUAACUGAAAUAAUCACGCACGAUGAAAACGUGAAUGACGAGACUGCUUGUGAAAAAUGCAACAGAAUAAUAAAUGAAGUAUUUGCUGAAAGAAAAUUUGAAAGUAACAGUAAAAAAGAUAUCACGGAACAUGCGACUUAUAAGCCCAUUGAUAAUAUCAAACUACAAUCAACCACGGCUAAAGAAACUGAGGAAAAACUUGCACAAAAAAUUGAAGUCAUCGAUGAGAUGCCAUUAGUUGAAGCUGCUAGGCCUGCAAUUGAAGGAUUCAGUGCACCUCCAAAAGUUCUAGGUAACAUAGUAGAGGCGAUUACAGUAAAUUAUUCUGCUAACGACUUAAAUUCUAAUGAUACAAAACACACUAUUACAAGCCUUAUUUCUCAAGAUACUCUCGAUGAAUUAGCAAAACGUUGUCUCGAUACACCAAACAGUCAAAUUGACGAUCGAAUUUUAAGAGAAAUGGGAAACCUUGGUAUUCCUCAGACCACGAACAGAGAAUCAAAUAUACAUACAGUAGACCAAGAAGUAAUGCAAAUGGAUAUCUUGGAGAAACCUGUUCAAAACUCUGAGAUUGAAUUAGAAAUUCGAGUACUAGAGAAAAAUCCCGUACACGCAACUAAAACGUACAGUAUUUUUGAAUCGAAUUUCGACUCUGAAAAAAAGACAACUGGACGACACGUGAAUAUCCUUUAUCCUACUCAACGAGAUAAUGUAGAAGAAGAUUGCAGUCAUUUAGAAGCCGAAGGAUCUAAGGAUUGCAAUGAACUGGAGGAAAUAGAUACUACAUCUACACGACCAAAUAUUAAAACACUCUCUAAUGAUAAGAAUUCAGAGAAAGAGGGAAUCUCAUUUAAUGACCAUAAUUUUUCAUCAAUAAGUAAUAAAAUAUUUAAUUGUUAUGUACCGCCUGCAGAAAAAACAAUUACACUACUACAUUCAAUGGAAAAUAAUCAAACAAAUUCUAUGGUUAAUUAUACCUCGCCAGAUGAUUAUUCAGAGUUAAUAAAAAAUUUAAAAGCACAUGAAAAAUUAAAAGCUAAACGGGAAUCAAUCCAAAAGCUAGAACGCGAAGGUAUAACUCCGCAGAACAAUCCUCCAACAUCAUCUGAAAGUGAUCCAACUCAAAUAGAUCCAAGAUAUUCUUGUCAACAUGAAGAUUUGCAUUUUUUAAAACGUACUACUGAAGAAUGUGCCGAUAUCCCUUUAAAACAAGAAAGAAUAAAACCUCAUCAUUUAAAAGAGGAACCUUUAUUUAUUGACAAAGAAUUUUCUUCGCAUACUGAACCUGCUAUUAUGAUAAAAGAAUGCACUGAAACUAUUUCAUCUAAAGAAGAUGGAGGCGAUAUUAUUAAUGAAGAAAAACUAUUACCUCAUCAUUUGUUGAGUGAAUUAUCAAUUCUUCCCAGAGACAUUAAGCUUGUUCCACAAACUGAAGUAAAUGAUUCAUGUGAAUCUGAAGAUUAUACUAUGAAACUGGAGAGAACUCAACCACAUUACUUAAGAGACAAUCCUAUAGUUACUUCCAAGGAAUUUAGUCCAUUUACCGCACCAUCUAUAUUAAUAAAAGAAGAUAUUCAUCUGCAAGUAACGGAAACAUCUCCAUAUAAGUUGCAUCUCGAAUAUAACACUGGAAAAAAUUAUCAAAAAUAUUUUGUAAAUAAUAAAGACAUCAUUUCUGACAAGAAUGCCCCUGAGAAAGUGGCUCCGCCUACGAAAGAGUCAAAAGAACGAGAUUAUUUUGACACGACACCUAUGCCAGAAGAUAAUGGCAUACUUGUUGAUUCAUAUAACAAGAGAUCAAUGGCAUUUGCUAAAGGGAAUCAUGUCUGCGAUACGCUUGCACCUGGAAAAAUUGAAAAUGAAAUUAAACAACCAGUAACACCAAGUUGCAAGCAUUCAGAUGACGCUAUGAUAAAUAUAAUGUCUUCUAGUGAGAUGCGUCAUAUAACAGAGAACGAAUAUUCUGAACCAGUGAUAUGCGCAGAGACUAGACGUCUUAGUGGAUUUGAAUCGAAUAUAAAUGAACCAUUAGAACGUAAUCAGACUCAUGAGCAGUUAUUAUGUACUACAGUUCAGCCUGAAUCGUUAGUCAAAUCAGGUUCAGACAAAGAAAACAUGAAAUCCAAUAAAAGCGAAGUACAAGAAAUUGGAGCAAAACCUGAAUUAAAAUUGGACACAGAUCAAAUAUCAAUGAAGGAAUUGUUGAAACGAGUGAGAGAGCGUAAUCGGCUUGAGUUCUGUCGGGAUUUCGUUCUUAAAACUGAAGCUACACAAGUGGAACCCUUUUACGGGAAAUGUAGGCAGCCAAAAAAGCCCUGCCCACCUCCAGCGCCAGUAUGCCCACCAAAAGAUCCUUGCCCGCCUCCUCUGUGCCCUCCACCAGAACCACCUUGUCCAAAACCUUGUAAGCCAGUAUGCCCCGAUCCUUGUGCGCCAGCUAAGCCCAGUUGCCCGCCACCCAAAAAGAGUCCGUGUGGGAGAUUCAAAAAGCAAAAAUUUAAGCAAAUCAGUGACACUUUAACCGUUCUUUUCUCUUUGGGCCCUAAACUGAGCAUACCCCAUUACAAAAACACUACAAUUAGCAACAAAUCUUCAGAAUCUUCAAAAUCUUUGGUAACAAAAGAUAUAAUUACGAAAUUGAACUCUUUAGGCAUUUUUUUGCAAGCGGAUUAUCUCCAAGGUCAGUUUGAUGCAUUUGAAAAUGAAUCAAUGAAGUCACCUGAUAUAACUUCGAAAUAUGUCAUUUACGUGAGAGGUUACGAGCCCUGGGUGCCUAUACCUUCGUGGCUGAUACCAGAAAAAGAGAAGAAACAGAAGUUUGUCUGCCCUAAAGAAGGUUGCAAGCAGAUCCCACCACCUCGAUUGAGUCAACCCUGCAAAGAGAACCCUUGCGCAAACCUCCCUAAACGCUCAUUUUCCAUAAUCGACGUAAUAUCUAGAGAAAUAGGCAAAAAAUAUAUAUUCGAUGUUAAAAACUUAUAACAAUGUUUGUGGCUGGUAAACAACGAAAAUAAACUAAACUGUUUUUUAAUGUUUUCCAUAUAAGAUCCCGUGUCACAGUGUUCGUUCAAGCUAAUCUCCAAAACUACCAACUGAUUUUAAUGAAAUUUUGAUAAAUACAAUA